CUAAUGUAAAUCGCGGAGUUGAGUGGCAGCUGCGAGCGGUAAUGGAUAACUGUACUGGUCAUUCACAGUUUUUAUUGAGCUCUUUCUUAUUAACAUGUUUAUUUGGGCUAUCGCUCGGGACGGAACUGAGCUUUGUGACUUGCGGCUCGGUCGUGAAGCUGUUAAAUGUAAAGCACAAUGUCAGACUGCACUCUCACGACGUGCGCUAUGGCUCAGGUGAGUCAAUGUGUUCUUGUUAGCUAGCCAGCCAGCCAGCCUGUAUCUUGGAUACAGAGAAAUGGAAAUUAGCAUGACGGUGUGUUUGUGUGUCCUGCCAGGCAGCGGGCAGCAGUCAGUGACAGGGGUGACCACGGUGGAGGACAGUAACAGCUACUGGAGUGUACGGGGCACCAGUGGGGGCCUGUGUCACCGGGGGACUCCCAUUAACUGUGGUCAGACCAUCCGCCUCACACAUGUCAACACCGGACGCAACCUGCACAGCCAUUACUUUGUCUCCCCGCUUUCCUCCAACCAGGUCAAGGGAAACAUCAUGUUUGCGACCCAAAUUACACCCUAUUCCCUAUUUAGUGCUCUACUUUUGACCAGGACCCAUAUGGCUAUGGUUAAAAAGGGCUCUGGUCAAAAGUAGUGCACUGUAUAAGGCUACUCAACUCUUACCCUACGAGGUCCGGAGCCUGCUGGUUUUCUGUUCUACCUGAUAAUGAAUUGCACACACCUGGUGUCCCAGGUCUAAAUCAGUCCCUGUUUAGAGGAAACAAUGAAGAAAUGCAGUGGAACUGUCUUCAAGGUCCAGAGUUGAGUUGGAAGGGAAUAGGCUGGCAUUUGGGGAAAAAAGCCUAUGUCAAUAUUAGUUUAUUCUGUUUUGAAACACUUUAGCCUGGCUCACUGUGUGGAGAUAAGUGUAUCACCAUGUGUCCCAAGAGGUCUGGACCUUUAUGGCACAGGAGGUUGUGUGGUGUGUUAUCCUUGACCUGUAACUUCAGGGAUGCUGGAUCGAGCCCCUGCUCUCUGUCCCCCUCAAUCACUAACUACAAUACCAAAAAGAUAUCUCAUUGUAUGAUUGUUCAUGGUCAUGGUUUCUCUGACUCUCUCUCUCUCUCUCUGACCCACUCUCUCUCUCUGACCCUCUCUCUCUGACCCCCUCUCUCUCUCUCUCUCUGACUCUCUCUCUGACCCCCUCUCUCUCUCUCUCUGACCCUCUCUCUCUCUCUGACCCCCUCUCUCUCUCUGACCCCCUUUCUCUCUCUGACCCUUUCUCUCUCUCUCUCUCUCUCUGACCCUCUCUCUCCCUUUCCCCCUCCCUCUCAGGAGGUGAGUGCGUUUGGUGAGGAGGGAGAGGGAGACCACCUGGAUGAGUGGACGGUGCAGUGCGGAGGGGCGGUGUGGGAGCGCGAGGAGGCCGUCCGCUUCCAGCACGCCUCCACCGAUGCAUUGCUAUCGAUUACGGGGGAGCAGUAUGGCCGGCCCAUCCAUGGGCAGAGGGAAGUGCACGCCAUGACAGGCCCCAGCCAGCACAGCCUGUGGAGGGCCAUGGAGGGGGUUUAUAUGAAGCCC